AUGGCCGUGUGUCGCGUCCUAAUCGUUGUGCUGGUCCUCUCUACGUCCUUCUCAACUGUUCUGCCCCAUCCUAGCAAUUCGAAAUCGCCUGUAAUCCCCUCCAUGAACUUUGAUUCGCUUUCAAUGAACCCAUUCUUCAGCCAGUAUCGUCGUAAUUCAGAAUUCCUUCAGAAGCGAGACGUUGAAGACAUCUAUCAAAUGGAUCCAUACGAACUGGGAAUCAAGUUCGGAAAGAAGAAAUGA